AUGCAUUUAGCAAGUAAUUACAAGGCAGUAACUGCAUUGGGAUCAUCUGAACGGAGAAAUCUACUGUGUCUGAGGUUGUCCACGCCGCGCUCUAGUGAAGAGCUCAGUGUUGACGCAACAACGCUGCGAUCUCUUGCUGGAAACAAUGGCUCAAUUCAGAUUGUGGUCAAAAGUGAAAGUAUUCCCGCCUCCUAUUUUGAGAAAGGUAUGUCCGCUAAAGUGGCAGCGGAAAGGGAACGGGAGAAGGCGAGCAAUAUCAAGGCGGUUCCGUUACCCUAG